GAUGUAACCCGGGUAAUCCAGGCUACUAAAAAAAUAAUAUGAAAGCAGAAAAUAAGUAAGAAAGAAACAAAGAAAUCACAUAUCAAAUGAGGUGAUGGGCUCUUUAAGAGCUAGCAGCAGAGGAAGUGCGGGAGUGCGCUAAGCCCCACCCAUCUGUACUAGCGGGCGAGUGAGAUGAGGCAGCUACACGGAGCGAUCUUCAAGACCCCUUCAUGAGCUGAUGCCAGAGUAAGACGCGGAUGAGACGGAGGCUAGUGAAACAGAUCGAUGCAGAUGGGUGGAACAUCAAUGUGCCACAAAUGAACUUCCUUGUAGGAAAUAUAUAAAUUCAUCGCCUUGGCUGGGUUUUUUGUGAGAUUCAAGUUCUUCUGUGAUGAUUCCCUGAUUCGUGCUGGACGCACGAGGUGCAGAUUGUAAAUGGCGAGCCACCGGAACCAUUUUCUCUGUUGAACUGUGAUUUUGAGCCAUCAAACUGGUAUAUUUUAUGGACAGUCAGAAAAGACUGAUAGAGGUCCAUUAGACAUCCAGAGAACAAGAAGAGACCAGCAAAAUCCCAGCAGACACACUCAGAACCGAACUGGACAAGAGCCAAUCAAUGGGCUGUCCAUUGACACGCUCCCUGACAACAUGACACGAGUGGUGGAGGACUCUCAGAGGUACUACUCCUGGCAGAGUUUUGGUCCUGGUGACAAACGUACACAAGAACUAUGGGUGAAUCUUGAUUCAGUGGAUCAAGGACCUGUAAGAGUGCACGCUAUCCUGUCCAACUCACACCGACAGGCAUCGCGGGUGGCACUAACCUUUAACUUCCCUUUCUAUGGACACCAAGUGAGGCAAAUCACCAUAGCAACUGGAGGGUUUAUUUUCACUGGAGAGACAACACACCGCAUGCUGACAGCGACGCAGUAUAUUGCUCCACUUAUGGCAAACUUCGACCCGAGUUUUUCUAAAAACUCCACUGUACGGUAUCUGGACAACGGUGACAUAUUUGUGGUACAGUGGGACAAAGUGAGGCUAAAGGAUCGAGAAACUGAAGGAGCUUUCACCUUCCAGACUGUUCUUCAUGGCAACGGGACCAUUGUCUUCAGCUACAAAGACGUUCCUUUGUCUGUGGAGAAAAUCAACUCCACUGAGCAUCCAGUGAAAGUGGGACUGUCUGAUGCCUUCAUGGCCUUUCUGUCUUCUUCACCAGAUGCUAAACGACGGACUAUUUAUGAAUAUCAUCGGGUAGAGAUUGACACAACAAAGAUUGUCAAUAACUCUGCAUUUGAGUUGAGCCCCUUACCAACCUGCCUCCAGCACACUUCCUGUGUACAAUGUCUCCAGUCAAACCUAACAUCAGGCUGUGGGUGGUGCAAUAGUCUACAAAGAUGUUCAGAUGGACUAGACCGAUACAGGCAAGAAUGGCUGGACUACAGUUGCACUGAGGAGGCAAAAGGCACAUGUGACGAAUAUGCUCAGGGAAGCCCAGAGAGUUCAAUCAGCCCUUUUAAUUCUUCAAUGCCAUCGAUGACUCCUCCUCCUGCAGCUCUACCCGCCAGUCCAGUGACCGAAGAUGACACAAAACUUCUCUUUCACCAUCAUGGCAAUGAUGAGGAAGAGGCACCAGAACACACAGCCAUCAUUGCAGGUGUAGUCGUAGCUCUGGUUCUACUUGUGUUCUUGACCCUCUUGGCUGUCUACUACAUUAACACACAUCCAACUGUUGCUCCUCCUAUUUACCUCAUGCAGCGUCGCACCAAUAACUAUUGGCCCUCCAUGAAGUUUCGGAAUCAAGGAUGCCACUCCAGCUACGCUGAGGUUGAUCUUGGGGGUUAUGAGAAAGAGGGUUUCAUUGAGGCAGAGCAGUGCAGAGAAGGCAUGGAAUAAAGAAAGAGUUCCUUUUUUCUUAAGUGAUUUUAAGAACAACACAAAGGUUCAGUGAGAAGCUGUUAUUGUUAAGGGAUCACUUGAGCCACUUUGUCAGCCACCCUGCAGCAUCUUUUAUGCUGUUUGUUUAUGGUAAAAUAAGGUUAAUUUGUUCUAAGUAGUAAUUGUAAAGAAGAUAAGAUUGUGACCAGCAAAUCUGCUAACUCCACUCUGUGAGAAUGGGAUGUGUGUUAAAAUGAUCGAAAAUUAAUGUACAGUACAGCAUUUCUUUAUAGAUUUUUUUAUUAUUAUUUUAAAAUAUAUAUUUUGUGAAUUAGUUGUGUUCAGUGAAUAAAAUAUGUAAAAUACUCAGUUAGCCACAUGGACAUGACAACACUUUAACUGAAAUAGCUUAUUCUAUUAUUAGUGAUGUCAUACCCCACACUUUUUUGAGUUUUGCCCUGUCAUUCAGUCAUAAAACAGGAAAUCAGUUUGCACAUAAAAUAUUUAUGGAAUUUGCUAAUUAACUUUCAAUUCAAAUUAACUUAAACAUUUUGCUGUUUGCCAAAGCUAUUAGUGGAGAUGUAAAGUAAAACAUGUUCCCUCCUGAACAAAUGGUUAGACAUUAGAAAUCCUUGUGACCAAUCCAAAACAAAUCCAAAUCAAAGAUUUUCAGUGCAUUAAAUACCAUUGCAUUGCAUUUUGAACAUACAAUAUGCUUAUUAUAAAAAAAUAAAAAGGAA